ACGCAGCGCCCUCGCUUACACAGUAUGGCCGGCGAUAUUAGCUAGCGCUCGCUCUACACUCUCUCUAACGGGGAAGCAGCGGAAUACAAGAGACUGAACUGUAUCUGCCUCUAUUUCCAAAAGACUCACGUUCAACUUUCGCUCACACAAAGCCGGGAAAAUUUUAUUAGUCCUUUUUUAAAAAAAGUUAAUAUAAAAUUAUAGCCAAAAAAAAAAGGAACCUGAACUUUAGUAACACAGCUGGAACAAUCCGCAGCGGCGGCGGCAGCGGCGGGAGAAGAGGUUUAAUUUAGUUGAUUUUCUGUGGUUGUUGGUUGUUCGCUAGUCUCACGGUGAUGGAAGCUGCACAUUUUUUCGAAGGGACCGAGAAGCUGCUGGAGGUUUGGUUCUCCCGGCAGCAGCCCGACGCAAACCAAGGAUCUGGGGAUCUUCGCACUAUCCCAAGGUGGGUCCCCAGGGCGCUCGCUGACAUCCGGGCCUGGGGACUGUCGCCGCCGCCGCCGAGGCACCAGUCACGGGUGGGGCCCGGGUUCCCGCAACCUUCAGGUGGGGGCAGGUCUGCGGGCAGGGAUCGCUUCGGCGGCCUUGGAAGGUGCGCGGUUUGGGGGAGAUCGGCCGUGUCCACGCGGGCCGGAUCCGGCUUCUCCCGCCGUCGUUGCCGCGCCAAGCACUGCCCUGGGGGAGGGGAGGAGGCCGGCGCGGCCGCGUGCUCAGGUAACGUCCCGCGCGGGGCGGCGGGCGGCGCGGCCCGUGGUGGUUUUACGGCCCCCGCCUCCCGACUUGCCCCUUGGUAGUAGUUGGCGGCAGGGGCCCCAGGUGGGGGUCGGGGGCGCCUCCGCGGGUUCCCUUCGGCAGGUGUGGCUCGGCCGGCUUAGGCGCUAAUUCGGGCGUGCCCGCCUCAGGGAAUGGAGGGCAGGAGUGGCGCUCGUUCUUGCCGCGGGCGCCGACCGAAGGGGCCCUCCCGGCCUGGUUUGAGGGGCUAGCGAGCAGGCCUCCCACCCGCGGUGGCCGCGAGCAGCAUGUGGCGCUCGAGCGGCGGGGAUUGGGCGGGAACAGUCGUGUCGCAGUGGCUGGGCCCCACCGCUGCCCUAACGUGCUCUGCGCCAGAGCCUUUUUGGGGCGGUUGGGCAGACGGCGCAGUACCCCUGGCUGCCCCCGACACGGCCGCGGAGCCCGCCGAGGGUUGCUCACCAGUCUCUUGACCUUGGUUUGUGUAACCUACGGACCCGGCGGGAGCCGGAGAAGUGCGGGUGUAGGGAGGCCCGCCUAGCCCAGGACAUAAUGCCUCUAAUGCCUUAAGCUUGAGCAAAGGAAUCUGGGGCCCACUCCCACCGCGGGCCAUCAGGCGGGAGAGAAUAAGCUGACCGCGCCGAAGAGGCGUUUUAGUUGGUAUUACUGUGGAAAUCCAAGUUUAAGUAAAAACACAGAGAUCCCCUGGCUUCUUGGGCCUUGUUCCCGGCGGCGGUCGCACCAGUAGCCACCCCACUGCCUUCCUAGGCCCUGCCACCGGAUUCCCGGCUCCUCUGCGCACAAGUGCGGCGAGUGGCCGUGUGGCGGAGUAACCGGCGUUGCCUGCUUCAUUGAGAGGCGGCGACCAAUGAGCUCCUGGGACCGACCCGGAGCCUGGCCCCAGGGUGUGGGCCAAUGGGCGUUUUAGGAAUGUUGGCUGCUCUCGGAGCUGCCCUUGACAAAAAGCAACUGGAAAAGGGAAUCCAGGCAGACACGUGCUACCAAGACUUUAAGGCACGAUGGGAAGCCCAGUUUCUAGCAGUACAUCGUGAGCGAUUCCAUUGUAGAAAAAAAUGAAAUAGGUCUAAUUUUUCAAGCUUCGCGUGACACUUAAAAUGUCUGUAGUGCUUGCUACGUGCCAGGCUCACGUGUAGAUUAUCGGAAGCAGUGCUUUGGUCAUGGAGAAGCUUAGUAUUCAUUUCACUGACGAGAAAGCUGGUAUUUUUGAUAGGCGUUUGGUAAAACGAUUGUGAUCAGGAUUAUAACCUAGAAAAUCUUGGCAAGGAAGAAAGAAUUAAUGGGUAAGAACAGUCCUAGAAAAUGAGUAACAGAAACUGUCACUUUGGCUUUUUAGAUGUUUGAGCCCUUAGAUAAGUAGUAAGUACAUGUUCUUAAUAAAGGGAAGAAGUUUGUGUUCUCACCAAGUUCUUGGCGGUUUGGCUCUUCAGAGUUUCCUGAGUCAAAGUGGAUGGAGGGGGAAGAGGCUUUUGAAAAAGCAGCCUGCUCUCUCUAAAUGUUUAAGAACCAUUUUUACUUUGUACUUUAAUCAGCCGAAAUUGUUUUUCAGUGUGGCUCUUAAAAUCAUGGCCAAAGUUAAACCUUGAAGGAUAAAAUAUUCCCUUGAGUAGAGUUCAUGAUUUAGUGCCAUCCAUUUUGUGGACAUGUAGCAUUCAUUAAACAACUGUUGUCGUCUACCGACACAUUGUAACUGUUGUAGAAAUAGCAAGUUAAGCAAGAACUGAAAAAUCUCUUGAUUUAAAGAAGAGGUCCGGUGGUGACCUUUGUAGGAGCAUUUUCAGUGACCACUCAAGUCGUUAUUUAUUUACCAGGUUGUUAAACCAACAAAAAAAACCUGAAAUCGAUCUUCGAUGAAUCACCUAAAAUCAACGGCCUAGCAAAGAGUAUCAUCGAUGGAGUCUGGUUUGUGGGGAUGUGGGGUGCCAGCCCCAGAGACCCCAGGGAAGAAUAAUCGGUCAUCUAGAAGAAUAAAGCAUGACAUGUUUUACUCAAAUGACAUGAUUAAGUGCACAGCCUCUGGAAUAGCAAGACUUGAAUUCAGCAUUUAAUAGCUAUGUGGGCUGUUUCCUCGUCUCUAAAAUGGAGGCAAUAAUGGUACAUAGCUCCUGGAAGAAGUGUUACCAGUCUGUUUAUAAAGCAUUUUAAACAUAUGGACAUAGAAAGGAUUAAGAGAGUGAGAGCCUUAAAUGUCCAAAGACAGCAUUAGUAUCCAUGCUAAAGGCAAGGAUAACAAGAUAAGGUUAUUAGGGAGAAAAAAAUUCCUGGAAAAAUAGCUUUCUAAAACUAAUGCAGGAAGAAAUAGAAAACCUAAAAUAGUCCUAGAACACCUAAAUAACUUGAAUCAGUCAUUAAUCAUCUAGGCCCAGAUGGUUUCUUUGGAGUAAAUAAUUCAAGGGAGAAAAUAUCCAACCUUUUUCACUCAUUCUGAGAAACAGAGGGAACAUGCUUCUCUCUGUUUGCUCAUCCCAAAGUCUGAAAUAUUUUUUUCGCCUAAACGAUGUUUACCUUUCAUAUUUAGAUCUGCAAUCCAUCUGGAAUUGAUUUUGUGUGUGGUGUGAGGGAAUAGAAUUCACUUUAAGCAAACUUGGCUCAUCAGUCCAAGCUUUAAUGCCAAGUUAAGCUGGAAUCCUUUCUGAUUGUACACUAAACACUGCUUCGCUCUUGAAGACCAUUUAAGAUAAUUUAUCUUAAUCUGAGUGGGACAUACUUUUGAAGGAUGUGCAAUGUUCAAUCAUAAGUGUGACAAAAACUGACAAGCAGGAAGCUUAUGUACUCAGUGAGAGUAGCAUGUUUGUCUCCAAGAGACGUUUCAUUUUGAAGACAUGUGGUACCACCCUCUUGCUGAAAGCACUGGUUCCCCUGUUGAAGCUUGCUAGGGAUUACAGUGGGUUUGACUCAAUUCAAAGCUUCUUUUAUUCUCGUAAGAAUUUCAUGAAGCCUUCUCACCAAGGGUACCCACACCGGAAUUUCCAGGAAGAAAUAGAGUUUCUUAAUGCAAUUUUCCCAAAUGGAGCAGCAUAUUGUAUGGGACGUAUGAAUUCUGACUGUUGGAACUAUUUUCAACUUUUAUGUAGGUACUUAUAUACUCUGGAUUUCCCAGAGAGUCGGGUAAUCAGUCAGCCAGAUCAAACUUUGGAAAUUCUGAUGAGUGAGCUUGACCCAGCAGUUAUGGACCAGUUCUACAUGAAAGAUGGUGUUACUGCAAAGGAUGUCACUCGUGAGAGUGGAAUUCGUGACCUGAUACCAGGUUCUGUCAUUGAUGCCACAAUGUUCAAUCCUUGCGGGUAUUCAAUGAAUGGAAUGAAAUCGGAUGGAACUUACUGGACUAUUCACAUCACUCCAGAACCAGAAUUUUCUUAUGUUAGCUUUGAAACAAACUUAAGUCAGACCUCUUAUGAUGACCUGAUCAGGAAAGUUGUAGAAGUCUUCAAACCAGGAAAAUUUGUGACCACCUUGUUUGUUAAUCAGAGUUCUAAAUGUCGCACAGUGCUUUCUUCGCCCCAGAAGAUUGAAGGUUUUAAGCGUCUUGAUUGCCAGAGUGCUAUGUUCAAUGAUUACAAUUUUGUUUUUACCAGUUUUGCUAAGAAGCAGCAACAACAGCAGAGUUGAUUAAGAAAAAUGAAGAAAAAACGCAAAAAGAGAACACGCGUAGAAGGUGGUGGAUGCUUUCUAGAUGUCGAUGCUGGGGGCAGUGCUUUCCAUAACCACCACUGUGUAGUUGCAGAAAGCCCUAGAUGUAAUGAUAGUGUAAUCAUUUUGAAUUGUAUGCAUUAUUAUAUCAAGGAGUUAGAUAUCUUGCAUGAAUGCUCUCUUCUGUGUUUAGGUAUUCUCUGCCACUCUUGCUGUGAAAUUGAAGUGCAUGUAGAAAAAAUCUUUUACUAUAUAAAACUUUAUAACACUUGUGAAAGCAACUCAAUUUGGUUUAUGCACAGUGUAAUAUUUCUCCAAGUAUCAUCCAAAAUUCCCCACAGACAAGGCUUUCGUCCUCAUUAGGUGUUGGCCUCAGCCUAUCUGGGACUGUUCUAUUGCUGCCAGAAUUUUACAUUGUUACCUCCACUUUCUAGAACAUAUUCUUUACUAAUAUUAUUGAAACCAAUUUCUACUUCAUACAGAUGUUUUUUGAAACCGCAAUUAAAGUUCUUCCAUGAGUCAAGUCCUUAAAAAAUGAUUCCAGUUACUCAUUUUGCAUAUUUACUAUUUUAACAUUAUUGGACCCUGCAUUUGUAGUGCUUUGAUUUCUUCCCUCUCCCUGGUGUCUCCCCCAAGACCCCAAAUAAAGCAAUACAUUGUUAACACUGUGGGUUUAUAUACUAAUUCUGUACCCCAGAUGAGGAAUGGGGGAGAUGGUUCCUGGGCUUAACAUUCUUUAAAGGGCAUGGGAAUUUAGCCUUAUUUUUGUUUUGUAAUGUGCUCUUUUGGAAAGUAGUUGAUUAGCAGGGAUGACUCAGAGUCAUAGAUUGAGAUUAGAGUGUACUGGCUGAACUGUGGAAAACAAACAAUUCUGUGUUCCUCAGUAAAUGAGAUUAGCAUCUAAUGAGUAGCAUACCUUUACUAACUUACUAAGUAGUGGUAUAAAAGGAUUUUUAUUUAGUUAAUUACCAGAGAGAUUUAACGUAAUUUUGUUCUGGAUUCAGUAAAUCAAGUCAGCUUGGAUCAUUCACCUUAACUUUUCCUUUAGCAACCGUUUCCAUUAAAUAGUGUUCUAUAAACUUUGAUCCAAAGCAGAAUCAAUGUCUUUUCAUCUUGUGACUUAAAGUUCUGUGACUGUGAUGCAUGUGAGUGUUCUGACUUCAUCUGUUCCUCUAACUAUGGUGUUUCCCUCACCAUGGCAUUCAUAGGGUGAAAUGUGAAUGACUGUCCAGAAUGUGAAUUGUCCACAUUCAGGUAAACAUCAUGAAGCAGAAUACAUGAAUAAAUAAGUAAAACAUAACAAAAUUAUAAAAUACUCAAUGGAAAAUGUCUAGAAAUACAGACUUUCAAGAGUUGGUAUCUUUUAGGUAUAUUUGUCAGAUACUCUGGGAUUUUAAGGAACUGAGAAAACAGCAAAGUUAACUGAAUUUUAUAUUUAUUGUCCUCUAAAUAUUUUGAUAAUUUCUGGAUUGAUGCAGUGAUGUUUUUGUUCCUUCCGUAUUUAUAAAUGAAACACCUUUUUUUAGUGUUUCUAAACCUAAAAUCUACUUGGUUUGAAAUCAAGUGGUUGGAACACUGUUUGACUUUUUAUUUGAAACAUGUUGUUGAUUGAAAGUUUCAUUGAGGAAGUUUUCAAUCAGUGUGAUCAAUUUGAUUCUGUAAUGAGCACAGUAUCUAAUAUUUUGAGGUGCUCUGUUUUGAGGACCAAUGCUCAAGGUGGACUUUGUUGUUACAUAAUAUCCCAAUAGAUUUGUUGACUUGAGGUCUGGAGGGUUUUUUUUUCCUUUUUUUUUUCUAAUAGAAUUAAGAAUUCUAAUGUUGAAAAACUGCACAAAGUUGUGUGGGACAAAGCCUAGAAAGCAGAAAUGUAGAUUGAAUCAUCAUCUAAAGCAUGAUGUGAUAGAGGAGGGAAAGUUUGGUGCCAUAAUUUCUCCUUUCACUGGUGUUGGACUUUAAAUCAGUUGAAAUGUAUUUCUGUACCACAGUUUACGCUUCAAUAAAAGUUUAAUUGUCUAGUGACAUUCAGAAACUUUUCUGUUGCCCUGUUUUUUAAAGUAUCCUACUUGACCAAAUAAGUUUAAAAUCAAUAUAGCAAUGUGUAUUUGUGAGUUUAGAGAUGAAAGGUUGGAAGUGUUAGGUCCCAACCUUUAUUACAGAUAGUAGACUCUUGAAACUGGUUGAGGAUGAUCAAACUGUAAGUUUCCUUAUUUCAUUCAUGGCUAUUUCUUUCUGUUAAGUAGAAAGGAAUUAUAAGCUCUAUAGUUUUCUUUAUUUUUCUAACUUAGGGUCUUGUUCUGUUAUCCAGGCUGGAGUGCAGUGGCUUUUCACAGGUGCAGUCAUAGCAUAUACUGCUUCUUGACUUCUAGCCUCAAGCAGUCAUGCAGAUUCCCAAGUAGCUGGGACUGCAGGCUUCUGCCAUAAUGCUUGACUUAUCAUUUUCUUCAUUUGGCAACAUUUUAGUUCUGCUGUCAAAUAGGUAAUAAGCUGAAAAUCUUCAGAAAAUGUAUAUUCUGAUCUUUUUCAGAAUAUGCUUCAGUUAGAAAAUAUUUUCUCAAUUUUCAUUAAAAACAGAUUGUGUCCCUAGAAAAGCAGAAUGUUAUAUAUCUGUGCAGUAGGUAUUCACAAGAUUCAUUUGCUGAAAACAGGUGAGUGAAGUCAGUGGUUCAUUAAUGAGCAGUCAUGAAUUUUUGAUCAUAGACACAUAAGUGAAAAAUGUGAUGAUAUUUUAUUCAGGAUGGACAAUUGUGAUGGAUUUGUUGGGUUCCAGGCUUCAGGCUUUACAUUCGCAUCUGCCUUGCCCUUCCUCUUGUCAUAAUGGAAGAGGUGCUGCUUAUUUGGAUUCCAUCCUUGCCUGCUUUCAGAGACUGUCCUGUGAUUUCCUAAAACAUUUCCAUUAGUUUUACUUCUCUGAUUUUCUUCACUUAGGGUCCUCCAUAGGCCUCGUUGCUAGUGCCUUGAAUGAUGGCAAGGGUCCAAAAAAAAUUUUUUUUUUUUUGAGAUGUUCUUGCUCUGUCACCCAGGCUGGAGUGCACUGGUGUAAUCUCAGCUUGCUGCAACCUCUGCCUCUUAGGUUCAAGUGAUUCUCAUGCCUCAGUCACCCAAGUAGCUGGAACUGGGACUACAGGGAUGUGCCAUCAUACCUGGCUAAUUUUUGUGUUAUUAGUAGAGACAAGGUUUCACCAUGUUAGCCAGGCUGGUAUUAAACUCCUGACCUCAGGCACUGCUCACCUUGGCCUCCCAGGGUGCUAAAAUUACAGGCGUGAGCCACUGCGCCUGGUAAAGUGUCCAAAUUCUUAGUCCAAAACUGAACUUUGGGUCAGACACCAUGGCUUACAUCUGUAAUCCCAAAAGUUUGGGAGGCUGAGGUGUGGGAGGAUUUCUUGAGCCCAGGAAUUUGAGGCCAGCCUGAGCAACAUAGUGAGGCCCCAUAUCUAUAAUAAAUAAGAGAUCGAGGCUGCAGUGAGCUGUGAUCACACCACUACGCCAGCUUAAGCAAAAGUAAGACCCUGUCUCAAAAACAAAAAUCAUGACCUUUGUGCAGUAGCCACCAUUUUCCUGAAUUCUAAACAGAACCCUAUGGUGAAAUUUGAAACACAUAGCUAGAGGUCUUUGACUUCAAGGUGGCAAGAGAACCAUCAAAGAGACAUGUCAAGGGAUGUCUGGUAAAUGGUUGGAUAUAUAUGGAGCCCAGACAAUAGAUUUUAGAUUUGUAAACAACAUCUUAAUUUGGAGAAUUUUUUUUUUUUUUUAAUUGAGACAGUCUUCGUUGCCCAGGCUGGAGUGCAGUAGCGCUAUUUCAGCUCACUGCAACCUCUACCUCCUGAGUUAAGUGAUUCUUCUGCCUCAGCCUCCUGAGUAGCUGGGAUUACAAGUGCCUGCCACCAUGCCUAGCUAAUUUUUUGUGGUUUUAGUAGAGAAGGGGUUUCACCAUGUUGGUCAGGCUGGUCUGGAUCUCCUGACCUCAAGCGAUCCACUACCUCAGCCUCCCAAAGUAUAGGGAUCACAGGCGUGAGCCACCGCUCCCAGCCUUAACGUGGAGAAUUUUCAAACCUACAAAGUAAAGUGGUACAAUAAACCUUUAUAUACAAGUUUCGGCACCAUUCUAAUUUAGCAUAUCUGUCUACUAACUAUAUGCCCAUCUUUUUAAGUAAAAUUUAUUUGAACUGAAAUACAUAAAUCCAGCUGGGUGUGGUAGCUCAUGCCCAUAAUCCUAAAUUAGCAAAGCAUGGUAGUACAUGUCUGCAAUCCCAGCUACACUGAAGGCUGAGGCAGAAGAAUCACUUGAACCCAAGAGGCGGAGGUUGUGGUGAGCCAAGAUUGUGCCACUGCACUCUAACCUGGGCGACAGAGUGAGAAAUCUCAAAAAACAAAAACCUAAGCUAUAAUUAUGGUAAAUGGUUCUCCUUCGCCCACAUCUUACCAGGACAAAAGUUCACUUAUCUCUACCCAGGCAAUUAAGCAAUACUCUGACCACCACACUAAAUGUUUUCAUCAUGGACUGAGGUUCAUUUAUUUCCUUUCCCUGAAACUUUGUAAUUCUUUUAAGCAUAAAUAUUGUUAAGGUUCAACGAUCCUUAUUACUGAGUAGGAGUCUGUUGUAUGAAUAUAUUAUAAUUUGUUCAACUGUUUUCCUGUUAGUGAACAUUUUAUUGGUUUCUAGUUUUUGGCAAGUGUGAGUAAAGCUGCUAUGAAUAUUUGCACACAAGUAUUGUGACUUCUGGGUGUGUCGUGGUAUCUUGUGGUUUCAGUCUGCAUUUCUUGAUGACUAAUGAACAUGUUCUCAUGUGUUUAUUGGCCAUUAAUAUGUCUCUGAGUUUGAGUGUAUAUUUUUAAAUUAGGUUGGUUUUUAUUACCAAGUUAUAGGAACUCUGUAUUUCAAAUAAAAUUUCUUGUCAGUUAUUUUGCAAAUA